AUGUCCACCUGCACAACAAUCCUCGUGUUACUCUCCCUGUUCUUCUGUAUCAGACACACCAGGCUCGCCUCGGCAAACCCCAGGCCUCCACAGACCUGCAGCAUUGCUAUUUUUCUUGGUUCAGGGGGGCAUACUACUGAAGCACUGAAGUUGGUUUCUGCGCUUGAUUUUGGUCGUUACUCCCCACGGACUUACAUAGUCAGCAAAGGCGAUACGUUUAGCGCACAAAAAGCUCUUGCCUUGGAGCACAUUAAAGCCGCUGAUCAUGCUUUCUCCGAUGAUCAACCGCAAUAUAAGCUCUUGUUUAUACCCCGUGCGCGUCGCGUGCAUCAGUCACUGCUUAGUACACCACCAGAUGCAGUCAAAUCACUACUGGCUUGCAUGCGUAUUGUCGCAGUCCGCCCAUUGUUCAAGAAAGGAGCAUUCCGGCAACCAUUUGUGGACCUUCUGAUCCUCAAUGGCCCGGGAACGUGUGUCAUUUUAUGCAUAACGAUUUUUCUGAAUAGGCUUAUCGGACUACCUAGCCCACGGGUUAUGUACGUUGAGUCUUUCGCCCGUGUCAAAUCUCUGUCGCUUUCUGGAAAGCUGCUGUAUCAUUUUACCGAUCGUUUCGUAGUCCAGUGGCCUGGUCUGGUGCAGCCCGGCGGUCGAGAAAUUUACCGCGGGUGCCUUGUAUGA